UGGCAGUGCUGCACUGCCCUGGGCAAGGUGCACACUAAUUAGCCCCGUGCCACCUCCAAGAAAGGUCAACAAUUCACCAAUUCUUAGAGUGAGAAAACAAGUAUCUUGUCUAACUCCUGCGGUGCAGCUAAGUGUGUGCCAGACUGAAUACUGAAGUAUUUUAAGUUUUAAAGUUUUUUAACUUUUAAUUCUUGAAGUUUUAAUCUUUCAGACUGUCACACUGAGAAGGAGAACCUCUGCGAGUUUUUCUCAAUGACUCUAUAGCCAACUGAUGUAACAAUGGUACUCAUAUUGGGACGCAGACUGAAUAGAGAGGAUAGCGGGAUACGAGAGUCCCCUGCAACCAAGCGGAAAGUUUUUGAAAUGGACCCAAAAUCGUUGUCAGGCCCUGAGUUUUUUGACUUCUCCUCGGGAUCAUCCCACGCAGAAAGCAUUCUCCAGAUCUUCAAUGAAUUCCGAGACAGCCGGCUCUUCACUGAUGUCAUCAUCUGCGUGGAGGGCCGGGAGUUCCCGUGCCACCGCGCCGUGCUCUCGGCCUGCAGCAGCUACUUCAGAGCCAUGUUCUGCAACGACCACAGGGAGAGCAGGGAGAUGCUGGUGGAGAUCAACGGCAUUUUUGCCGAAGCCAUGGAUUGCUUUCUGCAGUACGUGUACACGGGCAAGGUGAAAAUCACGACGGAGAACGUGCAGUAUCUGUUUGAAACGUCGAGUCUGUUCCAGAUCAGCGUUCUGCGCGACGCCUGCGCCAAGUUCCUGGAGGAGCAGCUGGAUCCUUGCAAUUGCCUGGGCAUCCAGCGCUUCGCAGACACGCACUCGCUCAAGACGCUCUUCACCAAGUGCAGGAACUUCGCGCUGCAGACCUUUGAGGACGUGUCCCAGCACGAAGAGUUCCUGGAGCUGGGGAAGGACGAGCUCAUUGAUUACAUUUGCAGCGACGAGCUGGUGAUCAGUAAGGAGGAGAUGGUGUUCGAGGCCGUGAUGCGCUGGGUGUACCGCGCCGUCGACCUGCGCCGGCCCGUGCUCCACGAGCUCCUGACACACGUCAGGCUCCCUCUCCUGCACCCCAACUACUUUGUUCAGACUGUAGAAGUGGACCAGCUGAUUCAGAAUUCCCCAGAGUGCUAUCAGCUGCUGCACGAAGCCAGGCGAUACCACAUUCUUGGAAACGAGAUGAUGUCUCCCAGAACUAGGCCACGCAGAUCAACUGGUUAUUCUGAGGUGAUAGUUGUUGUUGGAGGCUGUGAACGAGUUGGAGGCUUUAAUUUGCCAUACACGGAGUGCUAUGAUCCUGUGACAGGAGAGUGGAAGUCACUGGCUAAACUUCCAGAGUUUACCAAGUCUGAGUAUGCGGUGUGUGCUCUGCGGAAUGAUAUUCUUGUUUCAGGUGGAAGAAUCAAUAGCCGAGAUGUCUGGAUCUAUAACUCUCAACUUAACAUUUGGAUCAGAGUUGCCUCCUUAAAUAAAGGCAGAUGGAGACAUAAGAUGGCUGUUCUUCUGGGCAAAGUGUACGUGGUGGGAGGAUACGACGGGCAGAACCGGCUGAGCAGUGUGGAGUGCUACGACUCCUUCUCCAACCGCUGGACUGAGGUGGCUCCCCUGAAGGAGGCUGUGAGCUCCCCAGCUGUCACCAGCUGUGUUGGCAAGCUCUUUGUCAUUGGGGGUGGCCCUGAUGACAACACCUGUUCUGACAAGGUUCAGUCAUACGAUCCUGAUACUAAUUCCUGGUUGCUCCGUGCCACCAUCCCCAUUGCCAAGAGGUGCAUCACGGCUGUGUCCCUGAACAACCUGAUCUACGUUGCUGGUGGACUCACCAAAGCCAUUUACUGCUAUGACCCCAUUGAGGACUACUGGAUGCAUGUACAGAAUACAUUCAGCAGACAGGAGAAUUGUGGCAUGUCUGUGUGUAAUGGAAAGAUCUAUAUCCUUGGUGGAAGACGGGAGAAUGGUGAAGCCACAGACACUAUUCUUUGUUAUGACCCUGCAACGGGCAUUAUCACAGGAGUAGCAGCCAUGCCCAGGCCAGUAUCGUAUCAUGGCUGUGUGACCAUUCAUAGAUAUAAUGAAAAAGGCUUUAAACUGUAAUUUAUUUUUUUCUUGAAAAAAGAAGAAUGAAUCCAGUGGUCUGCUGCAAGACAGGCUUUUUAAAGAUUCCUGAAGUGGGAAUUCCCUGCCUAAGUGUCGUAUGAAAAUGAUAUCCUGUGCCUUUAGAAAAAGGGUUAAUUUAACUUACCAAACAAGUCUACAAACCUAUCCAGUAACCAGAGUUCAGUUAUAUCUGCUGUGGGCUCUGAUAUGAGAGCAGGACCUUGCACAGUGAUCAGAAAGUUUACCCUAUGUGUGAUUAGUAAUUAAAAUCUUGAAAGCUUUUUGGGGAAAGUGCCUUCAGCAUUUGUGCCUGUGUCUUUAAAAGCAAUAUUUUCAAGGUUUCUGGUUCUGCUUAUAGGAAAAAUGCAUAUGCAAGUAAAUCCCAAAGAAUCAUCUAGAAUAAUUAUCUAUAAUUUAUAAAGCUCAAUUAUAAUUCAUAUGCAUCAUUCUUACAAGCAGAUUACUUGGCUUAACCAAGUAGGAUUUUUUGUCAGAUCAUGCAUGGGUCAGAAUGUAAAAAGAAAACCCCACAAAAAAACCAAACCACCUACAAAACAAGCUACAUUGGACAAAACAAGAAUCUUUGAGGAAUGCUUUCUUCUGAAGGAGCAACUGGUUAUUUGGUGAGCCACUACAAUGCACUGUGAUGAUUGUGUACCUUAACCCUGUGGAACUUAUUCAUAGUGUUGAUAAAUGUCCAGAAAAGUACAAGGCUACAUGACAUGGAAAACCAGUGGGUUCAGGCAUGCAUCUGUGAGGUAAAGUUUGAAUCACAGUUUUUACCUUUCUGAAUAGCAUGGCUGAAGGCUGAAAGUUACUGGGUUCACUCUUUACUCACUGCAGUGUCUAAACUAUUUAAGAAAUAAAAGGAUGUUGAAUUCUGGAUUCUCCCAGUUUUCUGAAUUACAUUAUAAAUUACCUGAUGAUAGAGGUGGGGACUUUGACUUUGUACCCUACAGCUUAUAAAUUGGUCUUUUGCAUAUCUCAUCUGCAGAGAUGACAGAGUAUCCAGUAAGUAUUUCUUGGCCACAGAUAAAGAAGUCUGGAAAGGUCCCUCCUUUCACCAGAAAAAUAUCUGUAGACCUGUCCAUGUAGCCAUAUGAUGUGUUUUAGAUGAUUUUGAAGCCUAGGAAGCACCUGUAUUUUGAUAUACCAUCAUUAUUGGGUUUUUCAGUAAAGGUAUUUUUUAAAAUCCUCCCUAGAUUUCUGUACCAGGACUCCUUAUUUCCAGUACACAGUUGUACAGUUGAGGCACAAAGUUCAUAAAAACUGAAAUAGCACUUGGGAGUUGGAAAAUUAAUACAAUUGUCAGUGUACCAAUUUCCUGUAAAUCACCAAAAACCUCAGAACUGCCUUUCAAAGGAAUUCUGAGGACAGCAGCCAGUAGGGAAGUUGGUCAGUGCCAGGGCAGAAAAAAACCCAUAAAACUCCUGCAGAGCCAAGCCCUGGCCUCAGGGUUCUGGUCUAUGUGCCUGCUCAGGAGGGUGAAAACAAGCACCAUCUCUGGAACAUUGUUUGUUCCACUGCACUUUCCUCAUCUGUUUUCCCAGAGUAUUUCUUCAUGAGAUGGAAAUUCUGACCCUCAGUGAAGUUAUGCCAAACGGAGUCACCAUUUUCAGUAACAUGGUCAUGAGUUUUAAAGAGCACUGGGAGCUGCACUUUUGAGAUGCAUUAACUUGUAACCUCAGGAAAGGACACAGAUUUCGGUUUCUGGCUGAAUACCAAACACUGCUUUGGAUACAGUAAGAAUACUGAUAAAAUAUAGAUCAUUGCAUAUCAGUGAUGUAAUCAGGAGGUCAGUCUCCGAGCAUGUACAUUCACAUUGACCUAAAAAGAAAAUCCCUUGGUAAUAUAAAGCAAAUGAAUCAGAUAAAUUAAUCCUUUUCUAAGUUUCAUCUGUUUCUGCUCACAAGUUUUACUUUGAAAUGGCAAUUUCAGUACCUGUGAAUAAGGUCUGUUGAUUGCAAUGGCAAUUGCCCUGUAAGUGAUUUUAUGUACUAACAGUGUAUAUAGCUUGUGCCAUCAUUGUAAAUGAAAAUGUCAAAGACUAUAGGAGCACUUCAUUAGAGAUGCAAUUUGAAAAAUAUCCUCCUUUUCUUUGAUUUCCUCUUGUUUGUAUUCAGACUUGUAAUGUUGUCAUGCUAUACUGUUUUUAAACAGUACUUAUUCUGUAGGUGUAGAACAGUGUCAUUUAAUCUGUUUAUAAUACUGCACUACUCUGUAAAUAACAAGAUACUGCUUUCCAUGGUUUUGAAGAUUCAUUUUAUAGUUUAGUUGUCUUUUCUUAACAGUUUAUGUCCUGUUACUGUUACCUGUUUUUGAAAAUGACAGUGUUUAAUGAACCAGUAAAUGCAGAAAUGUAGAUGCAGAAAACCUCUGCUUACAGUUCUUGAGAACCUGUAUCAAAGCUGAACAGUUACAGGUGUGGAGCACUGCUAAAUGGCAGUUACUUAUGCAAUGAUUUCUUUAAAACAGGCAGUGAGUUUUUCUUCUUGCUUGUUUACUCUGUAAAUAAUUUGCACUUAUGGCCUGCUCUGUUACAACAGUUAUUUUCAGAUGUACUAGAAAAGAACAAUUUGACCUUGAUUUAAUGAAAACGUACCAUUUUUCUAGAAGGAUGCAGUAAUUUGGAAGUUGUAUUCCUGAGCCACUUGUUCUCCAAUGCAUUUCACUUAGGUAUAGAUGGAUUCAAAGAUUUAACCUCUCACUCUUGUGCAUAUCUAGUUGCUUGCACUUUAUGGGCUUGAGCAGCACACUGGUUUUAGUUUUUUGCUUUGUCUCAGCUAGGAGAGAAAAUUAUUAAUGUCAUCUACUAUAAUCAAAAUAUUUCCAUCAUAAAUGGUAGUAGGUUUGGUAGCUCUAGAGCACCUGCACAAAGACGUAAAUUCAGUCCAACCAUACAUAUGAGGGCUCAAGCAUCUCCAAGUCACACCUGAAAAACAAAUUCUAAGAAUUGUCUUCACUCUGCUAAACAGAAAUGAGCAAAUAUUUUUCUUCUCUAUUUUGAUGUUCACUUCUGUUCUUAUCAGUAUGAUGUUAAUUGAAAAGACAGUUGAUGCUUUGUUGCAGUCAGGCUUCUGGAAGGUUCUGAAUCACAUACUGAUCACUGCAGCACAUGCAGCCUCUAGGCCUUGGCUUGUGGCUGAAGCAUUCCCCUUUUACAGCCAUCAGCCACAGAACAUUGCCUGGUAAUCAUGUAGUUGUGCCUGUAGACUCCCUCCUUUGGAGUGGUUAAGUAGACAUAAUUUGUGGAAUCUCUUCCAUGUUAUACUGUGUGUCUGAUAUGCAUUUGGGGGAUUGGGCACUGUGCUUUCCCCUCCAGCACCAAGGGGUCCAGAUUAUACUGUUUUUUCUUUUGACUGGCACCAAUGCAGCUGUCAUCCAAGAUAGCUUUGUUUGUACUCUGUUGAAGCAGAGAUUUUAAUGCAGAUUAUGUUGAUGUGGACCCUAAUUUACUGAAGCUUUUUAAAUAGUAUUUUUAACAUGGCAAAGUUUUGAGAGAGGCAGAUGAUGGAGAAAGAGGAAAUGCUCACCUGGGCAGAGAUUCAGAGGAAGCUCUGGUCACUUGUGCUUGAGAGCAAGGAUACUACUGCCUGCUCAGUUUCUUCCUCGAAGUAGUUGAGUUCACCUCAUUAUCUUAGGUAAACACUUAGUUUGUCCUGUUUUUCUGUGACUUGCUGCAAGGACAGAACAAGAAGCAGGCCCACUCACUGUGACUUGAUGUUUCCCCCUGCCCGAGGCACAGGGGAGGUGCGGGUCAGCAGAACCCGAGCUGAGUCCAGCUCCAGAAAGCAGAGACAGGAGAAAUGCAUUGGAGCAUCCAGCCUCAGAGAUGGCAGGAGCAGACCUUGUGUGUUUGGGGGUUGUAGUUUGGCUGGGCUUGCUGAAACCAAGGUGUUCAGGAUGCUCAUAAGUUUGCAAUUCCAGAUGCUGAAACUCAGGUGCUGAAAAUGUUUCACAUUUGUCAAUUCACUCAACUCAGCUGGAGCAAUAAAGAUGCAGAUAUGCUCAUGGUGCGCUAGUGGCAAUGCUCAGGAAAGCCAGGGGUUCAUUUUUCUGAAUUGCCCAAAUAGACAAGUAGCUGUGGGGUUCUUUUUUACCACUGAAGAUGGGAAAACUCAAUUCAAAAGCAUUAAGAAUCUCACAAGACUUGAUUACAAUGAGGCACAACAAAUAUUUUCAUCUGAAUGUAGUCUCAUGUACACAAGAAAUUGCUAAUGAAAUUACUUGUUGUGCCUGGUUAAAAAAUUGAGCACUAUAUAGUCAGAAAAGGAGCCUAGAGGGUAAGAUGACAUUUCUGAGCAGAAACCUGAUAUCUGGUUGGGGGCCAAGUAGUGCUUUGGGUUUGGUAAAAUAUGUUUAGCACACAAGUUCUCAGUAUGGAAUUAUUUCAGAUGGCAUUAAUUAAAAUGGAUCAUGACUUGCCACAAAGCAGCAGCCUCCCACCAAGCCCAAACCAGCUGUGACUCUGUGUUCUCUGCUCGCUGCCUUUGUGUCACACACAAGUUCAUGAUAACGCUACUGUCUAAGAACUGUAAGCUAUUUGCAGGAAUAUUUCUUUUUUUCUACUGUAGAGAUCCAGUCUAUGCUGAUAUUUUAUGUAUGCACAUCUGUAUGUGAAUUAUUUUGUGGUCAUUCUCUGAUAGUGCUGUUACAAGUGAUGCACAUAACAGCCCUGUGUACAACUUGUUAAUAGUGUAAUUAGGGCUUCGUUUGUAUGAUUAGCUCCAAAGAAAAUAAUGUGCAUUAAUUUCGAAAAUACCUGUGCCUUGAAUUCACCUAUAUUUUUAUCUAUUGUGAAAAAGAGCUUGGAUUACUCCUUCCAGUUUGUUACCUUUAUUAUGAUUGGUCUUACUGUCCAGACUGUUACUAUCCUCCUAGGAGAAAUAAAUCUUGCCAUUCAUUAAUUUGAACAGUUAAUCUUCUUGUUUAGAACAUGCCUAGAAUGCUUCCAUUAUUACAGUACUAUGGCAGAUUUAAUCUAGGGAAAUCAGUAUUUGUUUUUUUCUGUUUCUUUGUUUCCAGCACACCUCAGUGACAAAGGACUGAGUUUAGUCUUUGACUUCCUGUCCUUAAUAUGCAAUUUCUUAUAUUAGUCAGUAGCCUCUGUGAUAUUUCUGAACUCUCUGAAGUCAUCAACCUUUUGUUCAAGAUACAAAAUAUGAAGCAAUAAUGUGGUGCAGCAUGGCAAUAAGCAAACCAAGAGACUUGAAUGUAAUGUACUGUUACUAAUUUCAUCUGUGUAAAUGCUGGACCUAUGAGUCAUUCUCCUUUUGGUGCACCUGUAGCACUUUGGAGUUGGAUUAAUAGGAACUACUUGGCCAUGGAAAGAGAGUUUACCUCCUGAACUGUUACUCAUAUUUUCGCCUGAAAUCAUAUUUUGAUUUUCCUUUUUUUGCUGAGGAAAACAGCAGUUCUUGUUAUUCCUUGCCAGUUCCUUUAUUUACUGAAACAUAAAAGCUGUAGUUCCAUGGAGAGCUGAUCUUGCCCUCAAGAACAGCCUGGUGCAGCACAAAUGACAUGUGAACAGGAAAGCUCAGACCACUUACUGUGUGCCAGAGUCAAUGUAACGGAUCUCACAAAUAACAUAAAGGUCUUCAGAUUGUGCUGACAGUAGAAAAGUGAUUUUGUAAUGUAGCACAAUUGCAAUAACACCUGUUAUAUUUAAAUAUACUUCUUGCAUAAUUCUUUGAAAGUUUUUUAAAGUUCAUUGUAUCUAAUAAACAUUUGCCUUUUGAAUA